CCUCCUGCUCUGCGAGCUGUUCGAAAUCACCCGUGUCCUCCUCCUCUGCGAGCUGUACGAGCACACUCGGUGUUCAACACCCUCCUCCUCUGCGAGCUGUACGAGGACACCUGGUGUUCAACACCCUCCUCCUCUGCGAGCUGUACGAGCACACCCGGUGUUCAACGUCCUCCUCCACGAGCUGUACGAGCACACCCGUUCUUCAACACCCUCCUUCUCUGUGAGCUGUUCGAAAUCACCCGGUGUCCUCCUCUGCGAGCUGUACGAGCACACCUGUUGUUCAACAUCCUCUUCCUCUGCGAGCUGUACGAGCACACCUGGUGUUCAACAUCCUCCUCCUCUGCGAGCUGUACGAGCACACCCGGUGUUCAACGUCCUCCUCCUCUUCGAGCUGUACGAGCACACGAUGACGCACGAGUUGGACCUGGCGGUGCUGCUGGCGGGGCCGUGCCUGGCCGCGGCCAUGGCGAUGCUCGUCCUCAGCAAGUCGUGCCGCUACUACCUCAAGUACACCGUGUACAUGCUGGGCGUGUCGCUCGUCGCCCUCACCAUGACCCCCAUCUUCAUGUUCAGGCCGUUCAACGUGCUGAACUUUGUUUUGGCCUCAGCAAUUUGCAAGAAUAUUUCCCGUCUCAUUGGGCUGCACUGGGUUUUGAGAGGGAGAGAGCACCUUGCUGAGCAGAGAGCAUGCGUCAUUGUGGCAAACCAUCAGAGUUCUCUGGACAUUUUAGGAAUGUUUGAGUAUUGGAAUGUCAUGAAGAAGUGCACAGUUGUGGCUAAAAAGGAGUUAUUUUAUGCCUGGCCAUUUGGAUUGGCUGCCUGGUUGUGUGGUCUCAUCUUCAUUGACAGGCUCAACUCUGGACGGGCCAAGGACUCAAUUAACAAAGCAGCAACACAGAUCAAGCAGGAUCAGGUGAAACUAUGGAUUUUCCCUGAGGGUACACGCAAGAAUACUGGUGAAAUUCAUCCUUUCAAGAAAGGUGCUUUCCAUGUUGCUGUAAGUGCUCAACUCCCUAUUCUUCCUGUUGUGUACUCUCCAUACUACUUUCUUGAUGAUAGGCACAGGACUUUUGAUAGUGGAAAUGUCAUAAUUUCUGCUUUGCCUCCUAUUUCAACUGAAGGGUUGACCAUGGAAGAUAUUGACAGUCUAAUGGAAAGAGUUCGACAAUGUAUGGUUGAUGAAUUUAUGAAGAUGUCAAAAGAAGUGAAAUCUGACCUCCUCCCUCCAUACCAAAUUUCUGGUUCGUAACGAAGCAGUUUGGUUGAUUUGGUUGUGUUCCCUUAUUUUAGAGAUGUCAUGGAGUAUAGUGGGUGUAACUUUACACUAAGCCACAUACCAAAGCAUACAUAGAUUGUUUAAUAAUGAAGAAUUCUUUUUCAAAUCUUUUCUUUCUAACACUUUAUGUCUGUUAAGUAAUUUUAUGUCUUGCUUUCCUACUAUUAUCAGUUGUUCUUUACUGCUGGUGUUUGUAAAGAAACUUAGAAGAAAAGUUAGAGCAAUAUUUUGGAAUAGCUCAAAUGAGGAGUUAAGUGUUGUAGUUUUUAAUGUUAAUACCACAGUGUUCCCAGUGAAUGUUGUUUUAUUAUAUUUUACAUCCUGUGAUAGCAUUCUACACUGUUUAGGUUGCAUUGUUUUUUCUCUCUCACCACAGACAGUAGAAAAUCUUAGCCAAAUCAAGACUCAAUUGGCUAACUAGUAGUGGUUUAAGUCUGAGUGACAAUACUUUGUAUUUUCUCAAAUCUAACAAAGAUCUGAAGCAAAUUAUCUGCGAUAACAUUGUGGUAUAUUUUGUGACGUACAAUAUUAUGUUUCCUGGUUUCCUUCUAUCAUCUUUUUGACUUGUCUACAGCAUGUGAACAAAAUGGAAAAGAAUUAUUGUCUACUCCAGGUGCCGGUCGGUGACCCGGCUUCUCUCUAGCUGCUUUCUACUUAUGUAUAAAAACAAAGGCGUAAUGUUUUUCUGGUAUGUACCAUAUGUGUUUCUAAGUUAAAGUUAUUGUCUUAAUAAUUUUAUUGAUGUUUUAAUUACGGCUGCUCACAUUAAAAACUGUGCCAAUUGUAUUGGAGUGUCCUAUGCAUUUGAAGUAUUUUCAGUUUGUUAAAUCAGUGUCAAUGUAGUAAAUUAGCUUGAAUU